UACCGGCCUGACCUCGGUGCCUGCGGCUGGCGCAACGACCCAAACGAUCACGUCGUCGCACUCGGCGCCCGGCAGUUUGCCCAUGGCUCGCGCUGUGGGCACCGCAUCCGCGUCUGCCACGAGGGCAACUGCAUCUCCGUCCAGGUGGUCGAUCGCUGCGAGUCGUGCGACUUUGGCUCGCUGGACAUGUCGCCGUCGGCCUUUGCACGCCUCGCGCCGAAGAGCGAGGGCGUCAUCAGCAUUGCGUGA